UGUACUCACCAAUUCAAUCUCCUAACAACCCAUUAUUCAUUCUCUUCAUCCAAUUCAUUCCCAAUGGAUACCAAAACAACCCAACAAGAAAUUAUCUUCAGAUCAAAAUUACCAGACAUUUACAUCCCAAAACAACUUCCUCUCCAUUCAUACUGUUUCGAAAACAUUUCGCAAUUCAGCUCAAAACCAUGCCUCAUCAAUGGCUCCACUGGUAAAGUCUACACAUACUCUGAUGUCGAACUCACAUCCCGCAAAGUCGCCGCAGUUCCUGAAUUCGUCUUCGCUUUCCUCGGCGCAUCCUAUCUCGGCGCAAUCAUAACCAUGGCAAACCCAUUCUUCACACCCGCCGAGACAAUCAAACAAGCAAAAGCUUCAAAUUCUAAACUCAUCAUUACCCAAUCGAGUUACACAAGUAAAGUACUCGAUUACUCAAGCGAAAACAACGUGAAGAUCAUCUGCAUCGAUUCUCCUCCAGAUGGGUGUUUACAUUUCUCCGAAUUGAUUCAAUCCAACGAAACCCAAUUGCCAGAAGUGGAAAUCGAUUCAAACGAAGUCGUUGCUUUGCCAUAUUCAUCAGGAACAACGGGUCUACCAAAAGGUGUGAUGUUGACCCACAAAGGGCUCGUGACGAGCGUGGCACAGCAAGUCGAUGGAGAGAAUCCAAACCUGUAUAUUCAUAGUGAAGAUGUGAUGAUGUGUGUGUUGCCAUUGUUUCAUAUAUAUUCGCUCAACUCGGUUUUGCUUUGUGGGUUGAGAGUUGGGGCUGCGAUUUUGAUUAUGCAGAAGUUUGAGAUUGGGUCGUUUUUGAAGCUGAUUCAGAGGUAUAAAGUGACGAUUGGGCCAUUUGUGCCGCCGAUUGUGUUGGCGAUUGCGAAGAGUGAGGUGGUGGACGACUAUGAUCUGUCGACGAUUCGGACUGUGAUGUCUGGUGCGGCGCCGUUAGGGAAGGAGCUUGAAGAUGCUGUCAGAGCUAAGUUUCCUCAUGCCAAACUUGGCCAGGGCUAUGGAAUGACAGAGGCAGGGCCAGUAUUGGCAAUGUGCUUGGCAUUUGCAAAAGAGCCCUUUGAGAUAAAAUCAGGGGCAUGUGGGACCGUAGUGAGGAAUGCAGAGAUGAAGAUUGUUGACCCUGAUGCUGGCUUUUCUCUGCCUAGGAACCAACCUGGUGAGAUUUGCAUUAGAGGUGACCAAAUCAUGAAAGGUUACUUAAACGAUCCAGAGGCCACAGAGAGAACAAUAGACAAGCAGGGAUGGUUACACACAGGGGAUAUAGGCUACAUUGAUGAUGAUGAUGAGCUCUUCAUAGUUGAUCGGUUGAAAGAACUGAUCAAAUACAAAGGGUUCCAAGUAGCCCCUGCAGAACUUGAAGCCCUUCUACUCAACCAUCCCACCAUCUCUGAUGCUGCUGUUGUCCCGAUGAAAGAUGAAUCAGCAGGAGAGGUUCCAGUUGCAUUUGUUGUGAGAACAAAUGGGUUUGAAGUCACUGAGGAUGAAAUCAAGAAAUAUAUCUCCGAACAGGUGGUUUUCUACAAAAAAAUAAACCGAGUAUACUUUGUUGAUGCCAUUCCAAAGGCACCGUCUGGCAAGAUCUUGAGGAAGGACUUGCGAGCAAGACUAGCUGCUGGUAUUCCAAGCUAAUUUCCAGAUCCAGAAGUGCCUGCUUCCAUUAUAUAUAUGUGAACUAAAAGCAAGGGCAGGGCACGAUCUCUUCAUAUCCCUUGAUGAUGAUGAAGUAGUGCAAGUACAGUUGCUAUGAAGCCUCUUGUGAUGAUGAAGAGCUGUAAUUGCCAAAUUUGCUGAAAUGUUUGUAAAACAUACAUUAAAAGAACUUUUGAACAUGAUUACGUGACAUAUUAUUUCUAUGAAUAAAGGUUGAGACCCCUUGACCCCUUU